AACACCACUCAAAUACUAAUUCUGGUCUCAUCACUGCUAGUCUUAAGCAAUGUUUGCUCUUAUGUUAUUCCAAUGACAACAGCUUCCAAGAUUGAUUCCCAACAAGUAAGAGCUCUACUACAAUGGAAAGCCACACUCCAAACAAAACACCUUCUCAACACGUGGACAUUUGAGGCCAAUCCAUGCAACUGGACUGGUAUUACAUGCAGAGUUUUAAACUCAAACAAAGCUAAUCCAACAACCAUCACAAAGAUCCAGCUAGGAAACAUAGGUCUCAAAGGCAAGCUUAAGACUCUCAACUUCUCAGCUCUACCAUCACUCAGAGUUCUCAACCUCAGUAGCAACCAUCUUGAUGGAUUCAUUCCUCCAUCCAUAUCAUCUCUCUCCAAGCUCACAAUCCUUGAUCUCUCCACCAACAAUCUCACAGGCAUCAUCCCUUCAGAGCUUGGUAGUUUAACAAGGCUCAACACCUUGCGGCUCUAUGAGAAUCAGAUAAGUGGCUCUAUACCUCCAUCUUUAGGCAAUCUUACCAGGCUUGUGGUAUUGUUUCUAUAUAAUAACAAGUUAUCAGGCACCAUCCCAUUGGAGUUAGGAAAGCUUAAGAACUUGGAAUGGUUGAUCAUAUGCCAAAAUUUCCUUGUAGGUUCCAUCCCUCCUGUUUUAGGAAACUUGACCAAACUCAAUUACUUUUACCUAUGGGGAAAUUACCUCAAUGGCUCCAUUUCACAUGAGAUUGGAAAUCUAUUGAAUCUCAAUGAGUUUGAGAUCUCUAACAACCAUAUAACAGGCACCAUCCCACCCAUUUUAGGAAACUUAACCGAGCUUGAAAUAUUUUCCUUGAGGGACAAUAACAUCAGUGGGUCCAUUCCUUCUCUUUCCAGUUCAAUCCCUUCAUCUCUUGGACUUUUGAAAGGUCUAAUAGAUUUGCGCUUAUUCAACAAUUUUUUAUCUGGUUCAUUACCUUGUGAAAUUGCAAACAUCACAAAUUUGUUUUACUUUGACUUGUUCAACAAUAGUUUUUCUGGUGUUUUGCCGUCGACCUUUUCAGAGGCGGCUUACUUGAGUUUGAAAAAUGCCACAAAAUUAGUGAGGGUCAGGCUUGAAAGAAAUCAAUUCACUGGAGAUGUUUCUAAAAGUUUUGGUGUUCAUCCGCAUUUGGAUUAUGUUGAUCUAAGUUUUAACAAAUUGUCUGGCACUUUGUCACCAUCUUGGGGAGCAUGUCUCAACUUGACAAGCCUUAAAAUCUCAGACAACAGAAUUAGUGGACUAAUACCUUUGGAGAUCGGUCAAUUGUUGAAGCUGCGUGUGCUUGACAUCUCAUCAAAUAAUCUAGUGGGGAAGAUCCCAAGAGAGUUUGGCAAAUUAUCUUACAUGUUUCAGUUAAAUAUGAACAACAAUCAUCUCACAGGAACCAUACCGCCAGAGUUUGGGGAUCUAUCUUCAUUAGAAAUUCUAGAUUUAUCAAGCAACAAUUUGACAGGAGAAAUACUAGCAAGAUUAGAGAAUUGCUUUAAAUUGAACUUGCUCAAGUUGUGCAAUAAUGAACUAAGCGGAGCCAUCCCUUUUCAACUUGGUAAUUUGAACAUGCAUGAAGUUCUAGACUUGAGCAAUAAUUUUUUCGCAGGAGAAAUACCACCGCAACUUAGCAAAUUAAUCGAGUUGCGAGAGUUGAAUUUAUCACAUAAUGAGUUGAUUGGUCACAUUCCAUCUUCUUUUCAAUUCAUGAAAGGCUUGUCAUCAUUGGAUUUAUCUAAUAAUUCUCUAGAGGGUCCAAUUCCAGAUAACUAUUUUUUUCAAAGAGCUCCAAUUGUGUGGUUUAUCCACAAUAAAGGCUUAUGUGGUAGAGUGCAUGGUUUACCUCUAUUGGUUGGAAUAAUCACAUUGCUUUAUUACAAGAGAAAGAGACUCCCUACAAAGAAAACUAGCGAAGUAUUCGGCGGACAUUUUUUCUCCAUUUGGAGAGUUAAUCAUGGGAAAGAAGCAUACCAAGAGAUCAUUCGAGCAACUGAAAAUUUUGAUGAGAAGUAUCGAAUUGGUGUCGGAGCUAGCAGUGUAGUCUAUAAAGCGGCACUAUCAACAGGAGAGACACUUGCUAUCAAGAAAAUUCAAGAGCAAGAAGGUCAUGUGGUGCAGCAAGCUUUCCGAAAUGAAAUACAAAUGCUAACUGAAAUCUUGCAUCGAAAUAUAGUGAGGUUUUAUGGUUUCUGCUCGACUACUGAAUUUAGCUUUCUUGCUUAUGAGUAUAUGGAGAGAGGAUGCUUGUGUGCUAGUCUAAGAUCUGAGCAGGAAGCCAUGGAGUUAGAUUGGAUCAAAAGAGUUGGCAUUGUAAGAGACAUUGCUCAAGCUUUAUCUUACUUGCAUCAUGAUUGUGCUCCACCUAUCGUUCAUCGAGACAUAACCAGCAACAAUAUUCUUCUAAAUGAAGAGUACAAGGCUUGCAUUUCAGACUUUGGUAUUUCUAGACUGCUAAAACCCAAUUCAUCACAUUGGAGUGUGCUUGCAGGCACAUUUGGAUACAUGGCACCAGAGCUUGCCUAUGUAAUGAGAGUGACUGAAAAAUGUGAUGUAUAUAGUUUUGGGAUUGUAGCUCUUGAAGUGAUACAUGGAAUGCAUCCGGGGGAUCUACUAAACAACUUGUCAUCGAGCAUGUUAGUGAAAGAUAUUCUAGAUCCAUGUGUUCCACUUCAUAUAGCUGAUCAAGUAGCCACAAGCCAAGUGCUUUCAGUGAUUUGCAUGGCAAUGCAGUGCAUCAACACCAAUCCACAGUCUCGCCCCACAAUGAAUCAAGUAUCUCAAAGGUUAUCUUCACUGAAAUCUUCACCAUUAUACAACCAUCCUUUUGGUGGACUUACCGUUGCUCAGUUGAUGAAUGAAAAGCAUGAUGAUCAAAUGCAUAGUGCAGUGUGAAGUUGAGAAGAUGAUGACAUAAUAUU